GGUACGAAUAAAAUGCAUUUGAGAUUUUCUUAUAAAAGAUUUUAUUCAUCUUAUUAUAGAAUACUCAAUAGACACUAUACAAGACUAUGUUCCGGAUUUUGUGGUUCUAUAAAUGUUCUUGAUAAAUUUACACAAAUCUUUGGAAAUAUUUUUGAUGAUGAAUCCAAAAUACAUCAUUCUUUUAUCAUAUGUAUGCUUAACACAUUUCAGCAGUCUAAUGUUUAGUCAUGCAUCAACUGAAUCAUGGUAUAUAAGAUCACGUAAGGGCGUUGCAGCCAAUGUUGCUGCAUCAGCUUCAUCAAAAACACAACCAGUACCCAUGUCAACUCAAUUAACAACAAGCGGCCGUGCUUCAACAUUUUCAUAUGAUGAACCGCAAUUUACAAUAAGUGAUUCGAAUCUUCGGAGUGGUUCAUUUACAGCAGAAGAAAAACUGGUAGCUCAACUAUUGAAUCGAGGGAGUUUAACUGUCCGACCAAAUGGUUAUAUGAAUCAGUCUACAAAUCCUGUACACGUUAAUAUAACUUAUAAUGUUGUACAGAUUCUUGGAUUUGUAGGUCUAUUUUUUGUGUAUUUUAUGGUCAAUAAAUCCGUAGAAAAUUUUGUUCACAAAUUCUUGGAUAGACGAAAAGAUACAUUAAUAGAAAAUGCUUUAACAGUUUUCACUAUACCAUCAAGAUUUGAUUAUAAAGAAUGUUGAGAUCGAGUAAAGCUUUGAAUAAGUGGUCUACACAAUCAUCAUGCAUUUCGAUAAUGACAUUAUGAAACAGAAAUGUAGGCUUUCGUUUUCGUUCUGAAUUUAAGGAACGACAAAAGAUGGUUGUAUCUUUUCUUUGAUAAAUGCAGUUAUGUAUAUCUUUUUCAAGAAGUCAAGACAAACAUAAUUUCAGACUGCAAAUUCUAUACAGUUAACAGAAGGCAGCUACAAUACAAAGAUUUACUACAGUUUUCGGCAAUCGAUACCUAUGGUAAUGUUCAAAUCAACUACAAAAAUCUCACUAUAAUCAGGCGUUCAUAAGCAAGAAAUUUUAAACAGAUACGAAAGCGAUUCACUAAGUGUUUCCCACAAGUACGACAAAAAAACUUUCUAUCUGAAAAUCAUCUAACUUUUCGUUAGGUGUUUAGAGAAUUACCAUUCCGUAUUGUCUAUUGUCGAUCAGCUGAAUUUUUCAAGAUGACAAAAAUAAAUACAAUGAACACACCAGAAGAUAUCAAAACAUACAAAACGUCGUAGAAAAAGAUAUGGGACUUAUUUAUUACAUAAUUUACGUCAGCUAAAUUGGAAAUAAAUUUUUAUAAAGUCACCAUUUAGAUUGGUUAAGUGCAUUAUUACUUGUAGUUUGAUGGAUGAAUCUCUAAACUAAUGAAGAAAAAAUUGACUAAUAUAUAAUUAAAAAUACAAUUAAUGAUAAAAGCUCAUUAUCACCACGCUUUUUGAAAGUUAGGUAUACUCAUGUUUUUUAGCUGUAUUUUGUGAUAUUAAUGUAGCUUGACCUUUAGGUAUUUAAUGGAUAUUUUGUUGUUGAAUACACUGCAUAAGUCUAGUUGCAGGCUACCGUAGGAAUGUAAUUUAUUGGGGAAGAUGAAUUGUGACAAGCCACUCUAAAAAUACAGUGGCUCUUGAGGUACGUAAUCGUUUUUUGGCUGCUAGACACAAGUAAAUUAGCUGACAUGAUGUUGAAGAAAUGGCGAAGAUAUUAGCCUUCACAAUUUGUCUUCUGAAAAGCACACUUUCCGCUACAUCAGGGUAAUGGAUCUGUUGUAACCUGAAUUUAUAUUAUUUUGGGAUUCUGUUGAAUUUUGUAUGAUUUUAAAUAAAAUACGACGAACAAUUAUAUUAGACUUUAUCUCCAAUAACAUGAUAUUUAUCACUAAAUGAACUUCAAAGUCACUUUUCAUAUUUCUAAAUAGUGUUACAAAAGAAGUGUCAUGUUUUGCUAGCAACCAGAAUUGCUUUAGAUAUUUUACAUGAACUGUUCAAUAAUUAAUCACAUUUUGAGUUUCAUUUAUUAGUACUUUUACAAAAACAAAAUUUUCACAUAUAUACGAUUGUACAGCUUGAUAAUAAAUUCGUUGAAAAGAGAUCCCUUCGCUGAAAUUCGUGUUUUAAUUUUUAUGUUUAAAUGGGAAUUAUCUGUCAAUCUUUCUAUUUCAGUCACAAUCAGAAGAAACCUUGAGUAUAUCUGGAUGGUUUACUAUGAGAUGGACCGAUCCUAGAUUGACUUGGGAUCCAGAGGAGUUCUCUGAAAUUCAAGAAGUCAGUCUACCAACAACAAGUUUAUGGAUACCAGAUGUGGGCGUUAUGAAUGGAAAAGCAUCCACUGAUUUCGAUUUUAGUGCAGGUGUAAGAGGACGCGUUACCGUAAGCAAUGACGGAUCAGUCACUUGGCUUCAUGGCGCGGUUCUAGAUGUGACAUGUCCCCUUGAUGUAUCAUUUUUCCCGUUUGAUUAUCAAACAUGUUUUCUGAUUCUUGUUCCAUGGCAAAGUGGUGAACAACAAUUACUUUUGCAACCAUUUACACAUGGUUCAGCAGUGGAUAAUAGUUACUUACCUAAUUCUAAUGUCAGUGAAUGGGAAAUUCAAUCUGUUCAUUUUGUACGGAAGAAAUAUCGUAGUGAUAUGAAUGUCACUUACCAAUAUGUGAGUAUUGCUAUCCAUCUUAAAAGGCAGCCGCUGUAUUUUAUUGUACUUGUUCUUGUUCCAUUUUCAAUGUUAUCUGCUCUUGCAUGCUUGAUCUUCACAUUAGACGACACAGGAGAUAGGUUAUCAGUUGCACUUUCCUUAGUUCUCAGUAUGACUAUGUAUGUGGUGAUUGUAUCAACAAAUGCUCCCCGCUCAAUGAGGACACUACCUGUUUUAGGUAUUUUUUUGCUGGAUCAACUUGGCCUCUUAAGUAUUGCAACAAUACUUGCUGUAAUGAACAACAAACUAUACCAAUCAACAGAACUACUCACUUGGCAAGAUUUCAUUUAUGCAAUCUCAGGUACUGGACAAGGUAAACGACGUAAUAGUGAGCCAUACUCUGAACACCUUUAUGUUAAUAGACACAUGCAUGACAAUCAUAAUUACAAUGAUAGAAAUAAAACACGCAAUAACACAAACAGACAAGAACCAAAAUAUAAAUCAUCAUUACAACAAACAGAUCAGUUAAUUGAGAAGAGUAUUUCCAGACAACAGUACUAUUUUAAAAAGUACUGCAAACCUGUAAAACUUUUAUCACGUAAAAGUAAUAAGACCGUUAAUAAUAAUAGUAGCAGUAAUUGUGGUAAAAGUAAUAAUCAAUCAAACCGUUAUUUUUCAAUUCAUCCUGAUAAUGGACACUUCAUAAACCAUUGUGAUUCAGAAGUUAUCCUAAAUGCAACAAAUUUUACAUCAGAUGUCAAAUAUCGUCCUAUUGACCCAGACUCUGACAGUCCAAUCGGACAAGUAAAUAAGAUAUCGAGACCUAAAUUUUUAGAUUCAGCUAACUCCAAUAUCAUCCAUAAUAUUAAUGCUUUUAAGAAUAGUAAAACUGAAAUUAACAACAGUACUAUCAGUGAUAAACAAGAUAUAAUGAAAUGUCAUGAAUACAAAAUUAUCCAUCCGAGAUUGCGUAAUAGCGAUUUUCUAAAUAAAUCUCAUUUUAUAAAAAACAAACCGAAAGGCAGUGUUUCAGAAAGAUCUCCUUGGAGAGAACAUUUACCAAUGUCAUAUGACCAAAUAAUGAAGCAGAAGUAUCCAAUGAAGCCAUCAUACAAAUACGCCGCGCCAUCAGUAACUGAAAGUUCACCAAGUGAUGACGAAAACGAUGAUGUAAACAGCGAUACCGAUGAAGUAGAUAGUGAUACUUCAGAAAGAAUAUUCCGAACCACUGUAACAGCAACUGCAGCAGCGGCCUUGGCAGCUACUCGUGUUAUUGCUUCUGAUUAUGGUGUAACAGAUCUAAAUCCAUCUCAAACAAAAAUGUAUGGGGCGAAACCAAAUCUUAACACAAACAAAAACGUUUCUGGUUUUUAUGAGACAGCUAAAUCAAGGAAACAUAUACGAAGUGACUUACCAAUCAAAACAGUGGAAGAAAUUGAUCAUAUUGAUUCUAAGUUAGCUGCUCAAGCAGCAAUAAAUGCAGCAUUCGAAGCAGCUGCACAAACUUAUCAACUGAGUAAAGAAUAUACUAGACAUUCUAAUCACCACCAUUCAUAUCAUUUCCCAUCGUCCAAGUGUGGAAAACGCCAUAAACAAAGCUUAUUAAGCAACUGCAGCUAUAACGACCACACUGAUUACCCCACAGAAUUAAAUUCAUAUCCGUACCGUAAAUUAGCUUCACGUUUGGACUGUAUACAAAUGAUAACUUACCUUUUCUUAUCAACGAUAAAUGCUAUUGCUUGUCUCAUACUUAUGCCAAAAUACUCACAAGAUUCUAAUCCACCAGCCCAUUUGAUCUCUUAAAAAGUGAAUGAUUAGUCA